AUGUCUGGUGCUUACUCAGGCGGCCCUUAUGGCGCAUCAGCUGGAACAACUGUCAAUUUCAACCAACACUCAGAUGACUUUGAAAAGGCCUACGGAGUCGGUGGACACGCGCACGACGCGACAUUGUACGAAACAACCGGGCCGACACAUUACUCUGGUGGCGGGACGUUUACUAAAGCUGCCCAGGCAGGCGCAGGUAUGUCUGCUAUGGUUGGAAGAGCGGAACAGCAGCAGUUUGGCGAUAGCCGCGGUGAUGGCGGUAUCGAGGCGCAGAUGGGCAAGAUGAAUCUCGGUGGUGGUCGACAUUAUGGUCAGGGAAAGCCGAAUAAGCCACAGAAGGUCUAUCAGCAGCAGGAUAGCCAGGGUGAUAGUGAAGAGGAGGAGGAGGUUGAAGAAGAAGACGCUGAUGAUGAAGAGGUUGACGAAGAAGCAGAGGAAGAGGAAGAUAAGGAAGAAGAAGCUGAAGAAGAGGAGGAGCAGGAAGAGGAAGAAGAAGGAGAAGAGGAAGAGGAAGAGGAAGAGGAAGAAGGCAGCGACGACGACGAUGACUCGAACAGUGAGAGUGGAGAAGAUUCUGAGUAA